CCACAAGCAUAUUCAACACCAAAAUAUCAUCAUAUCCAUAGAUUCUAAACUCCAUCACAUAGUAAAGCUUCUCAUUUAUACACACACACACAAAUAAAAAACCAUAAUUUCAUCUUGUGUGUGUGUUGUAGAGAAAGAAAAUGGUGGUGGCCAUGAAUUCUGUCAAUGGUCAUGGAGAUAUACUGCAACUGGCAUGGCAAGUUUACCGUGGCCGUUGGUUCAUGGUAUUCGCGUCCUUCUUAAUCAUGGCGGCAUCAGGAGCAACUUAUAUGUUUGGUUCAUACUCAAAUGUUAUAAAGACAAACCUCGGUUAUGAUCAAACGACGCUAAAUUUAUUAAGUUUUUUUAAGGAUUUAGGUGCAAAUACUGGAAUACUAUCUGGUUUAAUCAAUGAAGUAACACCUCCAUGGGUAGUUUUAUCUAUUGGCUCUGGUAUGAAUUUUGCUGGUUACUUCAUGAUAUGGCUAGCGGUAACAGGUCGAAUAGCGAAGCCGGCAGUUUGGCAAAUGUGUCUUUACAUCUGUGUAGGUGCUAAUUCACAAGCAUUUGCUAAUACUGGUUCACUGGUGACUUGUGUUAAAAAUUUCCCUGAGAGCAGAGGAGUUGUUUUAGGUUUGUUAAAAGGUUUUGUAGGUUUAAGUGGUGCUAUUAUAACUCAACUUAAUCACGCUCUCUACCGCAACGAUUCAACGGGUUUGAUUCUACUAAUCGCUGCUCUUCCUGCCGUUAUUUCCAUGUUGUCGGUUCAUACAAUUCGGAUUAUGAAAGUUAUCCGACAAGCUAAUGAGCUGAAAGUGUUCUAUAAUUUCCUUUAUAUAUCACUGGGACUUGCUGGAUUUUUAAUGGUGAUUAUCAUUAUUCAGAAAACAGUUCCUGGUUUUAAUAGGGCCGAGUAUGGUGUAAGUUCAGCUGUUGUUGUACUCUUUCUAUUUUCGCCACUUGUUGUUGUCAUUAAACAAGAAAUUCAGCUAAGAAAGAGUAAAAAUCAGCAAGAAAUAUCAAACACUUAUGAAGAUCAUCAAAUUACAAAAGUAACUAUUGAACUUCCACCGAGUUCUCAACCAGAACCAGAGCCAAGUUUACCCGUUCCAUCAGAAGUCAAGGAAAGGUCGUGUUUCUCGACGGUGUUUCAGCCACCAAACAGAGGUGAAGAUUACACUAUUCUACAGGCACUCUUUAGUAUAGAUAUGUUGAUACUGUUUCUGGCUUCCAUAUGUGGUGUUGGUGGGACGUUAACAGCAAUUGAUAACUUGGGUCAGAUAGGUUCUUCAUUGGGUUAUUCUGAUUCUGGUAUCAGCACUUUUGUGUCACUGGUGAGUAUCUGGAAUUAUUUCGGCAGAGUUUUUUCUGGAUUCGUCUCUGAGAUUCUCUUAAGAAAAUAUCGAUUUCCUCGACCUUUGAUGCUUUCAAUCAUACUGUUGUUCUCUUGCGUGGGUCAUCUGUUGAUUGCUUUCGCUUUCCCGGGUUCUGUUUACAUCGCCUCCGUGAUUAUUGGAUUCUGCUUUGGAGCUCAGUGGCCACUAAUGUUUGCUAUAAUCUCUGAAAUUUUUGGUCUCAAAUACUAUUCUACUCUAUACAAUUUUGGUUCUGUUGCUAGUCCUAUUGGAGCCUAUUUACUCAACGUUCGCGUGACGGGACAUCUUUACGAUGAAGAAGCAAAAAGACAAUCGAUAGCUUCAGGGCGCCCUAUAAACCCUCAUGGAGGAAAAGAUUUGCCAUGCCAUGGUGUUCAAUGUUUUAGACUUUCAUUCAUCAUAAUUACGGCUGCAACAAUUUUUGGAACUUUAAUCUCAUUGAUUCUAGUUUGGAGGACAAGUGCAUUCUAUAAGAGUGAUAUUUACAAGAAGUUCCGGGAAGCUUCAGAGCUAGUUGAGACUCAAAAUGUUACUGUAUCCAGAGAUGGCCAACAACCAACGUUAAGAGAUGAUGAGAAGUCGACAACAACUAGAACCUGUACUGCCACAGAUAGAUUAUAGAGUAAUAAGUAAAAAAUAAGCAAGAAGUAGUAGUGAAUUUGUAUACGAAGCCUUAAUACGGUGUAAAAUACGGUAUUUAUAUACAUGUAACCAAAGGUUGUAUAUGAUGAUAUGGUCUAAUAAGAAACCAGUUACAGAAGGAAUUCAUUGUCCAACUUUCAACUUGUAAGGAAUGUAUGAAUUAUUGGUUGUGAAUUUUCACCCCUUUUCUUGUUUCUUGUUAGCAUCCUAGUUAUUGUUUCUGGGCCAAUCAGUUGUCAUUAUUUUUGUACCA